CUUGGCAACCUUCCACCAUGGCACCUCCCGUCGAGCUCGUCUCCUUUAUUCUCGCAGAACUCUGGGCAUAUCCAUUUACCACUGAAGAGAGGAUCAAUGUUUACCGGACUUGUAACUUGAUUUCCAAACAGUGGUCGGCCAUCUUCAAGGACGUCAAUUCCGUGCAUGCCUGGAUCCCUUUCUCCUUCGACAAAGCACAUUUGUAUACCGUCAGGUCGAUGCAUAUUAUUUCUAACCCGAUGCUCUGUCGUACUAUAACAUUUACAGUGGAGUACGUGGUCAUGCCACAAUUAUUAAUAUGGUACAUGACUUGCGGAGCCACCGUCGAGGCCAACAAGAGAGUAGAGUCAGCGCUUCGAAGGAUAUUCUGCGACCCGAAUCGACCUCGAAGUGCAACUCAUAUCUAUGUUAACUAUCUUGACGAUCUCCAGCUCCAUACUCCCAGUUUCUGGAUCCCCCCUCAAAUUACUCACCUGACAAUUGUCUAUCACUAUCGUCGUUGGGUGCCUCGAAGUUUCCGGAAAGAGAGUUUUACGUUUCACUGCGUUUGUGAAAGAUUAGCCGUCGACCGGCGAGUGAGCCAUCUGACUGUCAUGGGUGCUAUACCCGCGAUAGUGAAGCGCCUGAUAGCGCCUCGCGACGAAUGGCGACAUCUUGUUUCGUUGACCACCGAUCUCGACGAAACCUCGGUUUCCGCUUCCUCCCAGACCUCUGUCGUAUGCAAGAGGUACGAUAUUCCGUUUCAGGAUGUAGGAAACGACUACGCGCUCCACGUCAUGUUUGGAGACAGGUCAUUUUGGUUAUACAGGCCGUAUCAUGGUCGGCUCCCACUGGUCUCUCUGUCAUUCAUAUUAAUCAUUAAGUGUAAUAGAUUUUCAGCGGCAACCUGAUAUUCCAAUGUUCGAGCAGACCAUUCCGGUAGGGCUCUGUUGGUUACAUCGAUCCGCUUACCAGGAAGUUUGUGAUACUAUUCAAUGGCAUUGAUCCCGCGUCAUCGACAGACGAGCGAAUCAA